GAGUUAUUGAUUUCUCGAUGUAUUUGAAAGAUGGGAACAGCACAAAAGGCAGCGAAGGAGAUGGUCAGAUAACCGCCAUUUUGGACCAGAAGAACUAUGUAGAAGAACUCAAUAGACAUUUAAGUGCUACAGUGAACAACCUCCAGGCCAAGGUGGAUGCCUUGGAAAAAUCCAACACCAAACUGACCGAGGAGGUGAGUGUCACAGAAAAUAAUCUGAUGUGUUGGCAUCAGGGGUUGAAAAGGUACGGGAGGAGCUAUUUUGGGAUUUCUGGUGUGUGGAAUGAUCAGUGUUUAACAAUGGAACUGGAAUAACCAACCUGCCAGGGAAUUACACUGGUGGCUCCUUCUGCCUAAGCAUGAGGUGGAAAAAAACCCCAAUGUUUGUGUUAAAAACCAAAAUCUGUUGAACACACUUGAUCCCUCCAAAAUCUCGGAGUGCU